ACUAUGUUUACGCAGCCCGGACGGAGCCAAUUGCUCAGGCUUGCGCAUAGCAGGCCUCUACAGUCUCAAAAUGCUCAAAGUUCUACUCUCCCACUCCAUUUCUCGGCGUCGGGCCGAACUACAGUUGUCCAAAGAUAUUUGCCGAAACCGGCAAUUCAGAUACCACACAAUAGAAAUUUGCACGUGAGUCACUACUUGCAGAGAACACGACCACAACAAAAGUAUACGCCUCGACAACACCGUGUGUCUGUAUCCCAUCUCCAGCAGCAGAAGCAGCACCGUCUUAUACACACUCCAAAACGAUCCGAGACGAUCGCAGAUUUCGACAUGGCUGCCACAACUAAAGGCGACGAUCAUUACCUCACGCUGUCCUGCCCGGACAAAUCGGGAAUUGUGUAUGCAGUCACCAAGCUCCUCGCUGAGCAGGACCUCACGAUUCUCGACCUGCAGCAAUUCUCCGAUCGUGACUCCAAGACCUUUUUCAUGCGCGUGCACUUUGGCCAUGCCUCCGACCUCAGCAGCCUCAAUGGCCCCCUCGCGCAAUUGGCCCAGGAGCUCAAGAUGGACUACAACGUCCGCCCCGUCCAGGAGAAGCCAAAGGUCCUCAUCAUGGUGUCGAAAAUCGGUCACUGCCUUAACGACCUGCUCUUCCGCGUGAAGAGCGGCCAAUUGAAGAUCGACGUGCCCGUCAUCGUGAGCAACCAUCCUGACUUCGAGCCGUUGGCCAAAUCAUACGGCAUUCCGUUCCACCACCUCCCCGUGACCAAGGACACCAAGCAGCAACAAGAGACCCAGAUUCUGAAUUUGAUCAAAGAGCACAGCAUCGAUCUUGUCGUGCUCGCAAGAUACAUGCAGGUGCUGUCCCCCCGGUUGUGUUCCGAGAUGUCCGGAAAGAUCAUCAACAUCCACCACUCUUUCCUGCCAUCUUUCAAGGGCGCGAAGCCGUAUCAUCAGGCGUAUGACAGGGGUGUCAAGAUCAUUGGUGCCACAGCACAUUUCGUGACGGCUGAUCUGGAUGAGGGUCCGAUCAUUGAGCAGAGGAUUGCGAGGGUCGAUCACACCUUAGAGCCCAAGGAGUUGGUGGAGGAGGGUUCCAAUGUUGAAAGCCAGGUAUUGGCGGCGGCGGUCAAGUGGUGGAGUGAAAGGAGGGUAUUCUUGAAUGGUGUCAAGACUGUGGUGUUCAAUUAAAAUAAGAAGCAAAAAAAAGAAAGAUUGAUUACUGCUCUUUUGAAUGCACUGGAACACAAUCACGAAUACAAAUUGGUGUUUGGGAGCUGGCCAGAUUAUAUGGCCUCUUUGUAGUCAGAUCGCCAAUAGCAAUAUUGCUCUAUCUAUAUUGGGUAUGUUUUCAUUGGUUGUGUUCGCGUCUAU